CUUGCAUGUCUGCGUGUGCGCGCCUCUUGCUCGCAGCCGCCGCGAGUGGCACAGAGCAAAUAGCGGCUUUUGUGCGCAUGAUGCACCAUGCUGGACGCACCUGAGAGAAGCGAUAAAGGAAAAAAAAGCGCUGCUUCAAACUGGAUCCUGGAUGUUUUUUCAAGCGUAAAAAAGAACAAAAGUGGCUCCAUGUACAUUUGAUAGCUGGAUCUAAGCAGGUGGAUACUUUGGGUCUGUUGAACUGAGUGAUGAAACUGAGAGAAAACUAUGGAUCCACUAACACCUCCACUUCUCGUCUGAAAAAUAUGGAGGAAAUUCCACUUUCCAUGAUGAUCAGAGGAAACCAUUGUCUCAGACCUUACACCAAAAACGAUGCUCUGAAGAAUAAAAAAGCGUAAAAACAGAAACGUUUUCCUCUGCACGAUCACUGCCUUGAAGUGUCUGGACAAUUUCUUGUUCUUAAGACUGUUAACCAACGACUGUUAUCCCUCUAUCUCCCUGUUCCCUUUAAAAGCAUAUUUUUAUAAGAAAUAUCUAUAUGAAUAUAUCUCCGUACAUAUUGUGACUAAAGACUGGAUUCCUGAAAUUCAACAGAUUUCCAUUUCACUGAAUCCCUGUCGGACAUUUUCUUGGAUUAACUCUUUGCAGCUAUGAAUCUUGUAGGUUUUUCUAUCAGACUGCAGUUAUUCCUCAGCUCCUGUCUGGGAUUGGAAUUUUUAGGUACUCCAGGUCAGUGGGCACGCUACCUCCGCUGGGAUGCCAGCACCCGCGGUGACCUCAGCUUUCAGUUCAAGACAGAAGCCUCAGAGUCGCUGCUGCUGUACUUCGAUGAUGGAGGAUACUGUGACUUUCUGCAGCUGGGGGUGGUGGAGGGUCGAUUGCAGCUGCGCUUCAGCAUUGACUGCGCUGAGACCACAGUUGUUUCCGACAGAAGGGUGGAUGACGGCAGCUGGCACGCCGCCACGCUGAGCAGGUAUAACCUGCGUACAGUACUGGUGCUGGACGGGCAGGCCAAAGCCGAUGAGGUGAAACCUCAGCGCCAGUUCAUGAAAAUAGUGAGCGACCUGUUCCUGGGUGGAGUACCUCAGGAUAUUCGCAAUGGUGCACUUACACUGCCUACGGUGCGAACCAUGCAACCCUUCAGGGGAACAAUUACUGACCUCAAGUUUGGCAGCUCACAACCCCUGUUCCUGGGAAGCCUAAAGGUGCCCCUGGAGUCAGAAGGUUGGUGCACUGUCAACCCAUGUGAGAAUGGUGGAACGUGCAUGGUGAUAGACAGAGAACCGGUCUGCGACUGCUCCAAAACAGAAUACAAGGGCCGCUUCUGUAAUGAAGGGGUCAGCAAGACUAUACCAGAUUCAUAUGAGCCAAAGAUUUUCCAGGCUAAACUCAUCUAUACAACAUAA